AUGGCAGAAUUAUUUAUGGAAUGUGAAGAAGAGGAGCUAGAACCAUGGCAAAAGAGAGUGAAAGAAGUGGAAGAGGAUGAUGAUGAUGAUGAUGAUGAGCCAAUCUUUGUUGGGGAAAUCUCAAGCUCAAAGCCAGCUAGUACAUAUAUUUUGAACAGAGUCAACCUCAGCUCAUCACGAAGGGGGAUACAGAAUGGUGCACCCAGUAGAGGUACAGUUACUACAUUCAAGCCUGACAGUCACCAUUAUGCGCCACCUGCCUCCAGUCCCAGUGCCAUGCCUGUGUCAUCCGUCUUUCAGUCUGUAUCCAGACCUACAACUAGCUCUGUAGCUAUUCAGCCAUUGUCUAUACCAGUGAAUGUUUCAGGAACUUCACAAACACCGCAGAGACCAAUUGCUGGAUGUUUAUCAACACAGCAGAUGCCUGGGUCAAGUUUGGGAAUAUCACAGCCUGUUAGCAGACCUGUAACCAUUCCAGUGACAACACAGCCAGUAUCAAGAAAUAUCACGGUUCCUGUAGUGGCUCAACCUGUAUCCAGGCCAGUGACUACUAUAACAUCAGAGCCUGUAAUACUCGAUCAGGAUUAUAUUAUGGAUUCUCCACCAGCUGCACCAGAUAAUACAUCUGGUAUACUGUUUGGUGUGAGAGAGAACUCGGGAGUUCCACAGUACCAGACUGGGCCAGCAGUGAAUGUAACAGGUCUCAAUGAGAGUGUUUUUGUAUCUGAGUGUCUUGCUAUUUCUGAAGACAAUAGAGUAUCUCCAAAAAAGGCCAAGCCUAAUGAGGUUGGUGCUGGAAGCAAUUCAGCUGUUUCACCUACAGUUAACUCUACAACAGUAACACCAUCACAAAAUGUAUCUUCAAAAGGUACAGAUGCUGUAGUAAGCACUAUUAAAAAUGGAGGACCUUUUCCACGAGCUUGUCCAAAGUGCAAUAUUCAUUUCAAUCUUAUGGAUCCUCUAAAAAAUCACAUGAAGUAUUGUUGUCCAGAUAUGGUAAAUAACUUUUUCCUGGGAGUGGCCAAAACAGAAUGUUCCAGCACAACAAGCAAGAUUGCUGAAUCUGAGAAAGGAAAAUUGAUUAUGUUAGUUAAUGACUUUUAUUAUGGGAAACAUGAAGGUGACACCCAGCAGGUACAACAGGAGCAGAAGACUCAUACGACAUUUAAGUGCUUCAGUUGUCUGAAAGUUCUUAAAAACAACAUAAGGUUUAUGAACCACAUGAAACAUCACUUGGAACUUGAGAAACAAAGCAGUGAAAGUUGGGAAAGCCACACCACCUGCCAGCACUGUUACCGUCAGUUUCCCACACCGUUCCAGCUGCAGUGCCACAUUGAAAGUACACACACCCCUUAUGAAUCAUCUACUAUUUGUAAAAUCUGUGAAUUAUCCUUUGAAACAGAGCAAGUUCUUCUGCAACAUAUGAAGGACAAUCAUAAGCCAGGUGAAAUGCCGUAUGUUUGCCAGGUAUGCAACUACAGAUCCUCAGCUUUUUCAGAUGUAGAAACACAUUUUAGAACAGUUCAUGAAAACACAAAACAUUUGCUAUGUCCAUUUUGCCUCAAAGUAAUUAAAAUUGGAGCACCAUAUAUGCAUCACUACAUGAGGCAUCAGGUAAGCAGAUAUUUUCAAUCCUUGAUGUUUUUGACAUGCAAAGAAAAAAUGGAUCACAAGACUCAGCAUCACCGAACAUUUAGGAAACCCAAACAGUUAGAAGGAUUGCCUCCUGGAACAAAGGUGACUAUUCGAGCAUCUGUUGGAUCUCUUCUGUCAGGAUCAUCAGCUACAUCUUCUGUUAGUACAAGUACUUCCACAUUUCAGUUAUCACCUAAAGCUAAAAAUACCACUAAAAAUCAUAACAAAUCUAAUACAAAUAGGUCAAAAGCAAAAUCAAAACCAGCUACAUCAAAGAAGCAAAAUGCAUGGACCAACAGCAGAAAAAAAAAAGAAGUUACAAAUACAGCAUUGCAUAAUCUAAGGUAUCUUUCAGGAGUUCACAAAUGCAUUGAAUGUUACUCAGAAGUAAAAGAUUUUGCAAGCCAUUUUCCUGCUUAUGUCCACUGUAGCUUAUGCAGAUACAACACUAGCUGUAGCAAAGCCUAUGUGAAUCACAUGAUGAGUUUUCACAGUGCUCGUCCAAGCAAAAGAUUUUGGAUCUAUAAGAAGCAUUCAGAAGAGCUCCGAGGUGUGACUGUAGUGUGUCUUAACUGUGAUUUCCUGACUGAUGUUUCUGGCUUAGAUAGCAUGGCCACACAUCUGAGUGAAAGCCACACACAUACUUGUCAAGUCGUUAUAGAGAAAGUUUCUGUAGAUAUCCCAACUGCUGAACAAGUAUCUGAGUAA